GCGCACUCGCGGUCCGGAACUGUGCCCGCCUGUUAUCACCCGCUGCUGCUGUGACGUGUCGUGCAGGUGCUAUUAAUGACUAUCUAGCACUGAUCAUCUUACGGCUGAGAAGAGGAACCCUGACGUUUGAACAUCGCUAAGCAAAACUACAACCACCCUCCUCCAUCAUCAAAAUAUAGAACGCAAGAGAGUGUCGUGUGUCUUAAAAUAACGGGAGAGUUUAUUUGAAAAAUUACACUAAUUGAAAGGCUUCAAAUUUAUGUUAGAAUAUUGUCUGUGUAGUCUGUAAUAUUCAGCUGCUUCGGUUUUGUUCCUUAUCUUCAGUUUCAGUCCUUUUCGUAAUCAAAAAUCACAAAACAGUAAAUCCCUGUACACAAAAAAUCCGUGAUACUACUUUCGGAAAAUGGUUUCAUUUAUCUUCAUCUCUAUCUGUGUGGUGAUUGGGAAUCGAAAAUAGUUCCGAUUUAAUAAUAUUAAAAUGAUUUAGUUAGUGACGGAUUGGUAGGAGAACGUUACUAUGGAGAGGAACUUCGGGUAUUACCUACAGGUGGGUAGGUGUUUCACGCCCUUCGUCAGUGUCGGUGACGUACAGUAGACAGUAGACGUAGUCAUGGGAGUGCAGGAGCGGUCGUGACGCUGGACAGUGUGACCUAGAGGUUGCUAUGGAGAACGUCACAACAGACGGAACGUGGGGGCCGCUGAGCACAUGGGACAUUCCGUCGAAUGACAGCAGCUACAGUUACUCCAUGUGGACCGACACGUCGGACCUCUGGACGGACGCCACUGACGUCCCGUCCACGGUGAACGUUACCACCACGGACGACUACGAGACCACUACCAUGGAGUGCACGAACGACUAUUGCAUCCCGGACGUCGAGUACUGGGAGAUGGUGUACCAACACAUCUACCCGAAGGACUACGAAUGGGGUCUCAUAGCGAUGCACUCCGUGGUGUUCGUGGCGGGGCUGGUGGGUAACGCGCUGGUUUGCCUCGCCGUGUACCGCAACCACGCUAUGCGCACCGUCACCAACUACUUCAUCGUCAACCUCGCCGUCGCCGACUUCAUGGUCAUCCUCAUCUGCCUGCCCCCCACCGUGCUGUGGGACGUCACGGAGACCUGGUUCAUGGGCACUGGGCUCUGCAAGGUCAUCCUCUACCUGCAGACGGUGUCGGUGGCGGUGUCGGUGCUGACGUUGACGUUCAUCAGCAUCGACCGCUGGUACGCCAUCUGCUUCCCGCUGCGCUUCAACUCCACCACCAGCCGCGCCAAGACGGCCAUCGGCAUCAUCUGGUUUGUGUCGCUCGCCUUCGACAUCCCGGAGCUGGUGGUGCUGAGAGCCCGCGGCCGCGACUGGGACUCAGUGCUGCUGACGCAGUGCGAGAGCACCUGGAGCUACGACUCCGAGAUGGUGUUCCACGGCGCCAAGAGCCUGCUGCUGUACACGCUGCCGCUGCUCUUCAUGUCGGUCGCCUACUACCAGAUCGUUCGCGUCCUCUGGCGCUCCGACACCAUCCCCGGACACGGCAGCAGCCGCAGCGGGGCGCUCAGCUCCAGCGCCAACGGCCGCGCCUACACCUCGUCCGGAAACUGCGCGCCGCCGCUGACGAGCUUCGCCAGCCGGCGCAGCGCCAUGGGCGCCAACGCGGCCACCGAGGUGCAGCUGCGGUCGCGCCGCAAGGCGGCCAAGAUGCUGGUCGCCGUCGUCGUCAUGUUCGCGCUCUGCUACCUGCCCGUCCACCUGCUCAACAUCCUCAGGUACACGAUGGAUAUUCCACAGAACGACGCGACUAGCAUCAUUUCCAUGUUGGCGCACUGGCUGUGUUACGCCAACUCUGCCGUCAACCCCAUCAUCUACAACUUCAUGAGCGGCAAGUUCCGGCGCGAGUUCCGGCGCACGUUCGGGCUGUGGUGCUGGCGCGGGGGCGGCAACCGGCUGGGCCCGACGCGGGGGCGGGCGCGGCGCGGCGGCCGGCGCACGCCCGGCAGGCUGGCGGGGGGCAGCUACGCGUGCGCCGGCGCCGGCGCCUCCCCCGGCGCCGCCGGCAACUCCACCGUGGCGUACACGGGCCGCUUCACGGAGACGGUGCCGCUGCAGCAGACCGCCACGGCCACGGCCAACGCCAGCCACCUGCCGCCCGCCGCCGCCAUCGUCCGCAUCGACGACGUCGACUGA